AGCAUCGGUGGGGAGAGAAAAAAAAGAGUUAAUAUUUCAUUGAGUCCGAAACGACUCUCUUCAGAGCUGAGUUUGGUCACUUUUUGUUUUUAUUAAAGGAAUCCCUCCUGUAGUUUAGUCCUCAGUUCUUUCAGCAUGACAAAUUGCAAAAUGUAGCCUUUUAUUCCUCCUUCCUUUCUCAUAGCAAUCCAGCCAACCUUGGGAUUACCUUUCCCAUGUCUUCCUUGCUUGUUGCUGUCUGCUGUUGUGACUCUGCUGAUCAGAUAGCUUGCUCCCAUUCAGGAAAAUGAAACGCAAAGAGCACUUUUCCAACUCGGAUUCCGACUCUGAUUCUGACCAUUCGAAUGAUCCUGAGGUGAAGCUGAGAGAGAAAAUCGGGGAGCUGCUGAUCGAUUCGCUGAGCUGGGAGCUUCAGCCCUGCUGCCGGCUGGUGAUCCUGGAGGCGAUUCGCAUCCUGUCGCGGGACAAGCACGGCCUGGCGCCCUUCGCCCGCACCGACUCGAUGCACCUGCUGGCCCGGCUGGCCGGACUGGAGGCCACGGAGGAGGGUGGCCUCCUUCCGGAAGCUUCCGAUGGCGAGGUGGCCUGCGAGGCCCUCAAGUGCCUGUGCAACACGAUCUACAACAGCGAGGAGGCCCAGGGCAUGGCGGCUGAGGAGGUGCGGCUGAUCGGCGGCUUGGCCCGUUGCCUGAAGGCAGACGGUGGGGCACCAGAGAGUGGCCGCCGCGGCAUCACCCGCUUCUACGAGCUGCGGCUGACCUUCCUGCUGACCGCCCUGCGGUUGGACAUCCGCAGGCAGCUGGCCCACCAGUUCCACGGCGUGGCCUUGUUGGCAGACGCCCUGGAGACCACCCUGGGCCUGCGGUGGCUGGAUGUGCAUGAGGUGGCCACCUCACGCUCCGGGGAACCCCUCCCACGCGAUGUGACCGAGCGUGCCAUGGAGAUCCUCAAGAUCCUCUUCAACAUCACAUUCGAGACCAGCAAACAGCAAGUGGAUGAGGAGGAUGCUGCUCUCUACCGCCACCUGGCAGCCAUUCUACGCUACUGCCUGCUGACUGACAGCGACAGCAAGGAGUGGGCACAGGAAUUUCACGGCCACACGGUCAAUGUCUUGGUCAACCUUCCGUUGAUGUGUUUGGAUGUGCUCCUCAUGCCAAAGGUGGAACCGGGAUCUGUGGAAUACAUGGGGAUGAACAUGGACACAGUGGAGGCUCUGCUAGACUUCAUGAACAGGAGAUUGGACAGGGGUCUGAAGCUGAGGGAAUCUCUGACUCCAGUCCUCAACCUCCUGACAGAGAGCUCCCGUUACCACCGAGAGACUCGCAAGUUCCUGCGUGCCAGGGUGCUGCCCCCUCUCAGGGACGUUACGAAUCGCCCAGAAGUGGGGGAAGCUUUGCGGAACAAGCUGGUACGCCUGAUGACACACGUCAACACGGAUGUGAAGCACUGUGCGGCUGAGUUCCUGUUUGUGCUGUGCAAGGAGAAUGGUGAGUAACCAUGGCGAUGGAAGGAUGGGGGUGGGGGGGGCUAAAACUUCACUCCAGAACUCCCCGCUCCCCAUCGCCAAACCCGCACUCACCCAACACAGGGGUUUAACUCUUUAAAUAGCAGCACAGACAUAGGCUCCCAAUCCUGACGGAUCCCGAUUGGCGAUUUUAGUCCGUCGCUCGCGCGUUCCUGUGGGCUGCAGGUUC